AUGACAUCCACAUGUCCCAUGUCAGCAUCAGCCAAGCCACUCAAGCGGUCCGCCUGCGACCCGUGCCGGGCCAAGCGCGUGCGCUGCCUGCGCCCACAAGACAGCAUGGCAUCCUGCGCCCGGUGCAGCUACCUGGGCUCACCCUGCGUCACGGGCGCUGCCGGGCAGCCAGGACGGCCGCCGAAACGGCCACGGCGCAGUCCUGCCGAGGGCGACCGGCCAUCUCCUCCGACGCCGGCAGCCUCGGAUGAGCAACAACAACCAGCAGUGGCUAACGAUGCCGACGCAUGGGCCGCGCUGGCGUUGGGCGACAGUGCCACGUUCUUUGGUCCUCUGGUCGACGACAGCACCACCGGACCAGGAACCAGCACCAGCACCAGCGACGCGGAUCCGUGCCACCCGCUGCCGCUGCCGCUCCCGCAGCUGCCGCCACUGCCGCCGCAUGGCCUCGCGCGGACAGACUCGGACUCCGACCUUACGGCGCCGGAUCUGCAGACCACCUCUAGCUCGAGCAUCGCCAGCAGCGCCUUUGCUCUGGACAUGGAUCUUCUCUGGGACGGCGACAUGGACCUCGGCGACGCUGGCGCGCCGGGACACGCCGUCGCUCUCUACCCGCCGUACCGCCUGCGACAACCGCCCAGUGUCAACGCCGCGCGUUCGCUCGCGGCCUUGCGUGACGAAAUCGACCAGCGCAUCGGGUCCGUCGACACCUACUAUGCCGACCCCGUCGCCGUCCACCACUGGUGCACGAUUGACAACGGCCAGGAAGGCGCCGACAGCAACGUGCCCGAACACCCGCCCGCCGCCCUCUUGACCUGCAGCAAGAAACUCAUUGACAUUCUCCACGUCCUGGCCACCACCGCCGGUGCAUCCUCGGGUGCAUCUUCGGGUGCAUCCCCGGGCGCUUCCCCGGGCGCAGCAUUGCCCACCGAAGUGCUCCUGCUCGCCCUGUCGACGUACCUCGCCCUCCUGCGCCUCUUUGACGUCCUCUUCCACCGCACCCACGAGACCAUCCGCAAGCUGGCCCGGCUGCCGGGGCCCAUCAUGCCCCUCGACUGCGUCCAAGUCAAGUCCGUCCUGCGCAUCGGCGGCGUCGCCACCCUGCAGGACAUGCCCCUCAAAGCAUACGCCGCCGGUCUCCUCGAGGCGAUUUAUGCGCAGAUGCAGUCGGUCGAGCGCUGCCUGGGGGUGCCAAGAGACCACUGUCUCCGGCCUGGCCCAGACGAAGACGGCGAGCUAACUGUCGCGCCAGGCCUCUUCUCGCGCGCCGACCGGGCCCAGUUGUUUGCCACAGUCAUGGCGCAAGACGACGUUCGGUCGCGGCGGGACGGCAAGUCCUAUGUCGAGUCCAUCCGCGCCAACAUUGACGACUGCUUGGCGUUUUUCAAGGAUUCGCCGGCAGCAGGCACCUAA